AUGGAGCAAUCCAAAGCCUCCGACUCGGCCGCCUAUCUCACAGCUCAUCUCCUGCCGUUGCUGAGACAGCCACUCUCCGCCAUCGAUUCGGCGUACUCCCAGUCACACCAAAACAUCCAAACGAUUCUCAGACGUCAGAUAGUGCCCAACUCCCGGCCGGGUUGCCGCAUACAGGGUGAGGAGGCCUUGGUAGAGAGCCUACGCGACGCAAGCUUGACCGAGAUUCUCUUCACGCUGGCGCGCGUCUAUGAUGCAGGACAUGUUGCGAUAUGCAAGAACUACGCGUCGGCAAAGAGGGGCAAGCCUUACAACGUAGGCCUCCUGAAAGAUCCGUGUGUUGAUGUCAGCCGACUGACGGAAGGGAUUCGCGAAGACCAACAGAAGCGACACGAGGAUAUUAAGUUGAUAUCUAGCCAUGCACAACCCAACGUCCUUCAAGCCACGUGGAUGCCACUCCCAUCCAUGAGCUUUGAUCAUCUUCCAGUUCUCAAAUCGCUGUCCGAGUUACUCCCCGGGGAAGUGUCGCCUGGGAAGGAGUAUGCUGGCAUUGGCGGCGGAGGCGGCUCCGACAUCAUAAGUGCCAGUCUUCUAGGCCAUCUUCUCCGGCAGAUUGACAAGGAAAUGAACCUUCUUGUCUCUACGCGAACAUGGCGGACCGGAUCACAAGGGAAGGAAGGCACGAGCCUGGGAAUCAAACGCGAAGUCCAUCGUCAUGGCGGUGCUGCCGUCUUGAACAACAAGCCUGUAGGAGGCACCUAUCGCAUCAAACCUGAGACUUGGACGGAAGGCCGAGACCUUGAAACGGUCCCGGUCGGCUCCCACCAGGAUAUUUUCCUCGUGCUUGACCAGGGAGAGGAGACCCAAGGAAUCGCCGAGAAUGAAAAAGCAGAUCUGUCCGACCAAUUCCGAGCCGUGCUCUCACAGUGCGCUGAGCUCGACACCGUCAUUGUCGUCGACACCGGCGGGGAUGUGUUCGGCAGUGAUUUCGCGGGAUUCACCACGCCUGAUCAGGACGUCCGCGUCCAACGGGCAAUGGCCACACUCCAAGACAGCUAUACGAAUCUAGUGACAGCGGUGCUCGCUCCUGGCGUGGACGCGCCCGCUGACGCCCCGGAGAAGGCCAAGCAGGCUGGAGGGAAAGUGUACAAGCUCCGGCCUGAAGAACGGACCCUCGUUCUCGAUCUUCUUGGUCCGAAGUACCACAUGGACGGGUCGGAUCCGGAUCGAUAUGGCAAGACCAAUCUGUGUCUCCAGGCGGCUUUGAGAGGUCGGCGAGGCUGGACUUGUCUAGAUCUGCCGACCAAUGUGGUGGAUACAUGGGAGAACCCAUGGGGAUGUUUUGCAUAUGUCAGAGAGUGCAUGAGCGAUAUUAUCCUGAUGCCGCUGUUGGACUUGUUGCCGUUGAUUGAUUGA